UACAUUUGGUGUUGUCUUCAAAUACACGUGCUGCACGCGGCUGGUUAAAGGAAUCUAUUAAUUGUAAAUUUAAGACAAAAUUACCUUAAAAUGGGUGCAAGAAGACCGCCAGAAGUGCACAUGUUUCCUUCGGACCUGGAGUUCGCUGUGUUCACACCCGAGGAGAUACGGAAACUGAGCGUGGUUAAAAUAAUCACUGGCCUCACAUUUGAUGCAUUGGGACAUCCAAUACCCGGUGGCCUAUACGACAUUCGAUUGGGCUCCUAUGGCCGCUGCAUGGAUCCCUGCGGCACAUGUCUUAAAAUGCAAGACUGUCCCGGCCAUAUGGGUCACAUUGAACUCGGCUCACUGGUCUACAAUCCGUUCUUCAUUAAACUGGUGCAGCGAUUAUUAUGCAUCUUCUGUCUGCACUGUCACAAGCUGCAAAUGAGAGAUCAUGAAAGCGAGAUUAUCAUGCUUCAGUUGCGUCUGAUUGACGCUGGCUAUAUUAUUGAAGCGCAAGAACUGGAGCUGUUUAAAUCAGAAGUUGUUUGCCAAAACACAGACGAGAUGGUGAAACUGGACAAUGGCGAUGCUGUGCAUCCGCGCAUCGCAGCGGUCCAAGAGAUGUUGGCCAAGAAUGUAAGCAAUGCCAGCAAUGCUACUAAAACAAGCUGCUCCUUGCGCACAGCCAUUACGCAUGCUGCUCUGCAACGUGGCUCCAGCAAAAAGUGUCGGCACUGCAACAAGUCCAUGCGCUUUGUGCGCUACUUGCAUCGCCGUCUUGUCUACUAUGUGACCAUUGCUGAUAUGAAGGAACGAAUAGGCGAUGUGCCCGAAAGCAGUGGCCAGAACAAGGUUAUAUUUGCCGAUGAGUGCCGGCGCUAUCUGCGAAAGAUCUAUGAAAACUAUCCGGAAUUUCUGAAGCUACUUGUGCCGGUGCUAAACCUGAACAGCAGCGAGUCAAGCCCCAGCGAAGAUUACUCGCCCGUUGAUAUAUUUUUCAUGGAUACGAUACCAGUUACACCGCCGCGUGCCCGCCCAAUGAACGUUAUUAACGACAUGAUGAAGGGGAAUCCGCAGACGGACAUCUAUGUAAACAUAAUUGAGAACAAUCAUGUCCUCAAUGUGAUACUCAAGUUUAUGAAGGGACAGCAGGACAAAUUGAAUGACGCAGCUAGAGCAGCCUAUCAAAACAUGCGCGGCGUUAGCGGACAUGAGAAGCUCUAUAAUGCAUGGCUGUCGUUGCAGAGCUCGGUGGAUGUGUUGCUCGACGUCAACUUGUCGCGCGACAUCAAGUCCGCCGAGGGCCUUAAACAAGUGCUGGAAAAGAAGGAGGGUCUCAUACGUAAGCACAUGAUGGGCAAGCGCGUCAAUUACGCCGCGCGUACCGUCAUCACACCCGACCCCAAUAUCGAUGUGGAUGAGAUCGGUAUACCGGACAUAUUUGCGCGCAAGCUCUCCUAUCCGGUGCCGGUUACCGAAUGGAAUGUCAUUGAGUUGCGAAAAAUGGUGAUGAAUGGACCAGAUGUGCAUCCGGGCGCCAACUACAUACAAGACAGCAAAGGCUUGACCACCUAUAUACCCGCCGACAAUGCGGCCAAGCGCGCCAGUAUGGCUAAACUGUUGCUGUCCAAUCCUAAGGAUGGCGUCAAAAUUGUCCAUCGCCAUGUUCUAAAUGGUGACGUGCUGCUGCUCAAUCGUCAGCCUUCGCUGCACAAGCCCUCAAUUAUGGCGCACAAGGCCCGCAUAUUGCAUGGCGAAAAGACCUUCCGCCUUCACUACUCCAACUGCAAGGCCUACAAUGCUGAUUUCGAUGGUGACGAGAUGAAUGCGCACUAUCCCCAAAGCGAAGUAGCACGCGCCGAAGCCUAUAACCUUGUGAACGUGGCCAGCAACUACCUGGUGCCCAAGGACGGCACUCCACUGGGAGGCCUUAUUCAGGAUCAGGUUAUUUCGGGCGUGAAACUGUCCAUACGCGGUCGCUUCUUCAACCGCGAGGAUUAUCAGCAGUUGGUCUUCCAGGGCCUGUCGCAUCUUAAGGGCAAUGUCAAGCUACUGCCACCGUCUAUACUGAAGCCCGCAAUAUUGUGGUCUGGAAAGCAAGUACUUUCAACUAUAAUCAUUAAUCUGAUACCGGAUGGAUAUGAGCGCAUCAACUUGGAUUCCUUUGCCAAAAUUGGCGGCAAGAACUGGAAUGUGGCCAGGUCGCGUAAGCCUUUGUGUGGCUCAACUCCCCAGGAGCAAGAGUUGAGUGAGAGUCAGGUGCAAAUACGUAACGGCGAGCUUCUUGUGGGCGUGCUCGACAAGCAGCAGUAUGGCGCAACCACCUUCGGUCUGAUCCACUGCAUGUACGAGCUGUAUGGCGGUGAUGUGUCCACGCGUCUGCUCACCGCCUUCACAAAGGUAUUCACCUUCUUCCUGCAGCUCGAGGGCUUCACGUUGGGCGUCAAAGAUAUUUUGGUAACCGAAGAGGCGGACCGCAAGCGCCGCAAGAUCAUUCACGAGUGCCGCGAUGUGGGAAAUAGCGCCGUUGCUGCUGCCCUGGAGUUGGACGAUGUGCCGCCACACGACGAGCUGGCCGAGCAAAUGGAGGCUGCCUAUGUUAAGGAUGCAAAGUUCCGAGUUCUGCUCGAUCGCAAAUACAAAUCUAUGUUAGAUGGCUACACUAAUGACAUUAACAAAACUUGUCUGCCUGGUGGGCUCAUCAGCAAGUUUCCAUCAAACAAUCUGCAAUUGAUGGUUCUAUCGGGCGCGAAAGGAUCCAUGGUUAACACCAUGCAAAUCUCUUGCCUGCUUGGUCAAAUUGAGCUGGAAGGUAAACGACCUCCGUUGAUGAUAUCUGGCAAAUCUCUGCCCAGUUUUACGUCAUUUGAGACAUCCCCGAAAUCGGGCGGCUUCAUUGAUGGUCGCUUCAUGACAGGAAUACAGCCGCAGGACUUUUUCUUUCACUGCAUGGCUGGUCGUGAAGGUCUCAUCGAUACAGCUGUGAAAACAUCCCGUUCCGGUUAUCUGCAGCGCUGUUUAAUCAAGCACUUGGAGGGGUUGAGCGUGCAUUAUGAUCUGACUGUGCGCGAUAGUGACAAUAGUGUGGUGCAGUUUCUUUACGGCGAGGAUGGUCUGGACAUACUAAAGGCCAAGUUCUUUAACGGAAAGUUCUGCGCUGACUUCCUUACACAAAACGCUAAGGCCGUUUUGCGGCCCAGCCAGCUGCAGCUGAUGAAGGAUGAAGAGUGCCUCGCCAAAGUAAAGCGCCACGAGAAGCACAUUAAAAGCUGGCAGAAGAAGAAGCCAGCGAAAUUGUAUGCGGCAUUCACACACUUUUCGAAGGAGCUUCGUAACGAUGUGGAAGUUGACCGACCCAAUGAGAUAAAUACCAAGACGGGACGCAGACGGUUCGAUGAGGGGCUGCUCAAGCUGUGGAAGAAGGCGGAUGCUGAAGACAAGGCACUGUAUCGCAAGAAGUAUGCACGCUGUCCCGAUCCUACCGUUGCCGUAUACAAACAAGACAAUUACUAUGGUUCAGUUUCGGAGCGCACACGUCAAUUAAUCGAGGACUAUGCAGCCAAGCAUCCAGCACAGAAGCAUAUCAUUUCUGACAUUAUGCACAUGAAGAGCAUUAAGGCGCUAGCGUCGCCUGGCGAACCAGUGGGUCUGAUUGCAGCUCAGUCGAUUGGCGAGCCGUCCACCCAGAUGACACUGAAUACUUUCCAUUUUGCUGGCCGUGGUGAAAUGAACGUCACUCUGGGUAUACCGCGCCUUCGCGAAAUUCUCAUGUUGGCGUCCUCAAAUAUCAAGACCCCUUCAAUGGAUAUACCAAUCAAGCCGGGACAGCAACUAAAUGCGGAGAAGCUGCGCAUUUCGCUCAACUGUGUGACUCUGGCCAGUCUGCUGGAAUCCGUGCACGUUAACACAAGCCUGACCCUGGAACCCGAACGAGCAUAUGUCUACGACUUGCACUUUAAAUUCCUACCACGCGAGAUGUACAAGGAGGAUUUCUGCGUGAAGCCUAAGCGUAUUAUCAAAUACAUGCAUCAGACGUUCUUCAAGCAGCUUAUUCGUGCUAUUCUAAAGGUGUCCAAUGCCAAGAAGACUUCAAAAAUCGUCGUGGUAGAUGAGAAAAAGGAGGGUGGCAACAGACAGGACGAAGACAAUGAUCAAGAGUUGGAUGCUGCUGAUGAUGUUGGUCCACAAAAAGUAGCAGACAAUGAUGACGACUCCUCAGAUGAUGGCGGUGACGAUGAUGCAACUGGCAUUAAGCUUAAGCAGCGUAAGACCGACGAAAAUGACUAUGACGAUCCGGAUGAUGUUGAAGAAAUUAUAGAUGCCAAUGAUGACGAAGACGAGCACGAUGAAGAGGAUGCAGACGGAAAUGAACAAGCAAACGAAGAAAAUAAUGAAGUGGAUGACAAGUCGGUGGAAAAGCUACUGAGCAACCAAAUGGUGCAGGAUUACACCUACGACAAAGAUCAGCAUCUUUGGUGCCGAGUGAAGCUUAAUCUCAGCGUGCGCUACCAGAAGCCUGAUCUGACAUCUAUUAUACGUGAAUUGGCCGCUAAGAGCAUUGUACAUCAAGUGCCGCAUAUAAAGCGCGCUAUAAUCUACAAGGGCAAUGAUGAUGAGCAACUGUUGAAAACAGAUGGAAUCAACAUUGGUGAAAUGUUCCAGCACAACAAAAUCCUGGAUCUGAAUCGUUUGUACUCUAACGAUAUUCAUGCUAUAGCACGUACAUAUGGCAUAGAAGCUGCGACCCAGGUCAUUGUCAAGGAAGUCAGCAAUGUGUUCAAGGUUUACGGAAUUACCGUGGAUCGCAGGCAUUUGUCACUGAUUGCCGACUACAUGACCUUUGAUGGCACUUUCCAGCCGCUCUCACGCAAAGGCAUGGAACACUCUUCUUCGCCGCUACAGCAAAUGUCCUUCGAAUCGAGCUUGCAGUUCCUGCGCAGCGCAGCCGGCUUUGGUCGCCCUGACGAGCUAAAUUCACCAUCAAGUCGUCUAAUGGUGGGCUUACCUGUGCGAAACGGCACUGGUGCCUUUGAAUUGUUAACCAGAAUAUGCUAAUUGUAAAUUAACAUUUGUUUAAAUAAAUACUGGUUCCAUUUUUAAGCCAAUAAUCGAUACCUUUA